AUGUUGGAUGAUGAACUAAAUUUGGCGAAUAAAGAGACCAUUCAUAUAUUGCAAAAUUUUUUCCAAUGUUGUGCAAUUGAUGGUUAUAAGGACUGGAUAUUGGCUGAUCAAAGAGAAUUCAGUGGAGCAAAACGUCAGCUUUAUGCAUCUGGUUAUAAAUGGAACCACUGUACAUCAUUUGGAUGUUAUUUGCCACAUUCAUGUUGCAGGAAUAACCAAAUCAAUUGUUCACCGAGAAUUCUGUUUCAAAAUCUUACAAUAAACACUGCUGUUGGGCCACAGAGAACCUUGCAGUGGUUUCAUUCUGAAGGUUGUGUUGAUGCCGUAAGAAAUCAUCUCAACCCACUAUAUUUUUUAUCAUUUUCUGUGUUUAAUUUGUUUUUGGUUAUCGUUUGUUUUAUGUUUACUCAAAUAGCAGCUACUGGCUAUUAUGCUGUUGAGAAAUGUGCAGCCUGGGAAGAAUCAAUUUUGCCGGCAUGGAUUAUUACUUUUUUUUCGCCUCAUCCAAAUAAAAUUAUGCAGGCAUAUAUAAUGAAUAUUUGCUAA